ACACUGUACUGAAAAAAGCUGAAAGCCUUCGGAAAUCGCCAUUGUUUCCUCUUACCUCUCUCCCUCUCUCUCUCUCUGUGAUUUCUCAUCAAACCCUAAAAAGGCGAGUAUCCUAACCCUAGGAGAGUGUUGUCGAAUCGAUUUGAAGCAAUAAGCAAAAGAAGGAGAAAGAUCGCAGUAGAUCAACCGAUCGGGAAGGUGAAGGUAGAGUAAUCAAGAUGAUGGUUGAGAAGGAGGAUUUAGGCCUGAGUCUGAGUCUGAGUACUGCAGACAACCGACACUCGUUGCAGUUGAAUCUCAUGCCUUCUUCGAUUUCGUCUUCGGCUGCUUCGCCAUUCAUGGAUCAGAAGAAUACUUGGAAUGAGGCGUUCGCAUCGUCAGAUCGAAACUCGGACUUGUUCAAAGGCGAGACGAGAUCAUUCCUCAGGGGAAUAGAUGUAAACCGCAUGCCAUCAACGGCGGACUGUGAAGAAGAAGCAGGAGCUUCAUCUCCAAACAGCACAAUAUCAACCGUAAGUGGGAAGAGAAGCGAGAGAGACACAAAUGGAGAAGAACACGAGAUUGAGAGAGCCUGCUCUCGUGGAAUCAGUGACGAAGAGGAGGGUGACACGUCUCGGAAGAAGCUCAGACUGUCCAAAGAUCAGUCUGCCGUGCUGGAAGAAAGCUUCAAAGAACACAACACUCUCAACCCCAAGCAAAAGCUGGCGUUGGCGAAACAAUUGAACCUGCGACCCAGACAAGUGGAGGUAUGGUUCCAGAACAGGAGGGCAAGGACCAAGCUGAAGCAGACAGAGGUGGACUGCGAGUUCUUGAAGAGAUGCUGCGAGAACUUAACGGAGGAGAACAGGAGAUUACAGAAGGAGGUGCAGGAGCUGAGGGCACUGAAGCUGUCCCCGCAGUUCUACAUGCACAUGACCCCUCCGACCACCCUCACCAUGUGUCCCUCAUGCGAGCGCGUGGCGGUCUCCUCGUCCUCAUCCACCGCCUCGACCGUCACAGCAACACCCGCAGUCGAUGCUCACCACCACCAUCCCCCCAUGGCUGCUGGUCCUCACCACCAUCGUCCCAUCCCCAUCAACCCUUGGGCAGCCGCCCCAAUCCAUCACAGGCCAUUCGAUGCCGCAGCCCCAAGAUCGUAAAUAUCUAUUUACUUCAGGGGCAAUCUGGUCAUAUUAAGCCCAUGUCAAGGGCCCUUUUUGUGAAUUAAUGAUUCCUCAGAUGAGAUCUAUCAUGGGGAGGAUUUGUACGGAAGAGGAUGAAGCAUAUUUUUAUUAGCGUACUCCCUCUCUGUCUCUCUAAAAAGUCUUGUUGCGAAGGAUUAGGCGAGGAGGGGAAGGUCGUUUAUGAGUUACGACCGUUUAAAUUGUAUGGUUGUCGUAGAGGGGUGGUUUGUCGCUUCUUUUUUUAAUCUUUUCUUUUGGGUUAGUUUUUGGUGGUUCUUCUUCUUCUUUCUCUGGCUUUUUAAGAGAGGGAUUGAACUUUGAAGAGACAAAGACCUUUUUUCUUCUUCUUCGUUGGGAGUAAAAAGAGGAAGGAUAAUAGAAGUUGAGGGUCGGGCUUUCGGAGAUAUUAUGAUGUAAAGCUAUUUCGUCUGAUGAUCUAAUGUUGUUCUCUAAUCAUCUAAUGAAAAAAAAACAUGACCAUGAUUAGAAUUAUUUAUUUUGUUUA